AUGAAUUUUCUGGCCCAAGCUAUGUCAGGAACAUUUCAAGGGUCGAAUAACAAGAUAAAACGUAAUGUAAGGACACAAAGUGUGCCAUCAGCUUCCUAUAAUACUGACAAAGAACCAUAUGGACCAAAUACUAACCAAUUAAACGUCCUACUUUCUCAAUUGGAACAGCAAACAAGUGUUGAUAGUACCAGCACGAGCUCAAACUUCUAUUCCAUUGCACAAUAUAUUCUACAGUCAUAUUUCAAAGUCAAUGUAGACUCUCUAAACACUUUGAAAUUGGUGGAUUUGAUAGUGGACCAAACUUACCCUGAUUCUUUGACGCUAAGGAAGCUAAAUGAGGGAGUGUCAGCACAACCGUACGAUUAUUUUAAUACAGUUUCUCGUGAUCCUGAUAUCUCUAAAUGUCCAAUAUUUGCAUUGGCCAUAUAUUUCGUUAUACGAUGGAGUCAUCCUAAUCCCCCAAUCUCAAUUGAGAAUUUUACUACAGUGCCCUUACUAGAUGCAAACUUCGUUUCUUUAAAUUCUAACCCAUUACUUUAUAUUCAAAACCAAAACCCAAACAGCAAUUCAAGCGUUAAAGUUCUGAGGUCACAAACGUUUGAACCAUCCAAAGAAUUGCUUGAUUUAGUAUUUCCGUGGCUGUCGUAUUUGAAGCAGGACAUGCUUCUUAUAGAUAGAACAAAUUAUAAGCUAUAUUCUCUCUGUGAAUUAUUCGAAUUCAUGGGUAGAGUAGCAAUUCAGGAUCUCCGAUAUUUAAGUCAGCAUCCUCUAUUGUUACCCAACAUUGUAACAUUUAUUUCCAAAUUUAUACCUGAACUUUUCCAAAACGGGGAAUUUAAGGGAAUUAGUUCCAUCAGAAACCUAAACAAUGAUGCUACAGAUUCCCUAAACAACGCUACAGGAAUAGAGAAUCAAUUUCUAAACCCUUCCGCAGAGGAAAUGAAUCAAAAAGUUGACUCGUAUUUUAUAGAAUUGUCGAAGAAAUUAACUACAGAGAACAUUAGAUUAAGUCAAGAGAUUACACAGCUUAAGUCGGAUAUGAAUUCUGUAGGUAAUGUAUGUAAUCAAAUUUUGCAAUUACAAAGACAACUCCUUUCAGGUAACCAAGCAUCCGUAUCGAAGUCUGAAAACUAUGCAUCUUCCACAGGUGGGGGGAUAUUGAUAUUGGAUAAGAAUAGCAUCAAUUCGAAUAUACUGAGCAAUUUAGUUCAAUCGAUCGAUUCGAGUCACUCAAAACCAAACUCACAAACUCAAACUCAAACUCAAACUCAAACUCAGCAAAGGGACUCGAAAGGGCAAUCGCAGGGCCACAGCCAAAGUAUCAGUAGUCCUGCCCUAGCACCCAUUAAUAUGUUUCCGAGCCUGAGUAACUCUAUACAGCCAAUUUUCAACACCUUGGCACCGCAGCCGCAAGAUAUAGUUCAGAAGAGGAGACUACCGUUACCAGGUUCAAUAGCGUCUGCAGCAACGGGCAGUCCCUUUUCUCCAUCACCUAUCAAUGAAUCGCCCUACAGUAAACGAUUUAAGCUGGACGAUAAACCAACGCCGUCUCAAACAGCUCUUGAUUCGUUACUUUCAAAAUCAAUCUCGAGUCCAAGGUUGCCUCUUUCAACAUUGGCUAACACAGCUGUAGCUGCGAAUUCCGCGGAAUCCCUCCGUUCACCUCAACAAUAUCAGCCUUCCCCAGAUUUUGUAGUCGGUGGUAGUUCAAGUUCAACAACAGACAAUAACUCUAAGAAGAUUACUGAAGAUUCUCCUUCAAAACUUGCCGAGCGACCACGUCUUCCAAACAAUGAUUCCACUACCAGCAUGCCGGAGAGUCCCAUAGAAACAACUGGGGACGAUGUUGCUAAAGAACUGACAUCUAUGUCAAAGACUUCAGCGCCAAAUGAGAAUAGCCCCGAGCCGAAAGAUUUUGACAAAGAUAGCAAUGGCGGUACUCCAUGUAGUACAGAUGUUGGAAAACUAGUGCCCAUUUCCACUAUCAAUGGUUCCACUGAAGCCACAAAUUCAACCUGUACGAUGACAAAGGUAUCCCCAUCGUUCUCGCAAAAUGCACCCAAAUCUGAAAUGAUGAAUAAAAAAGGAUCCAAAGCAGGACCGAAUGAGGCCAUCAAAUAUAAAUUGUCUAGGGAAAAUAAGACAAUAUGGGACUUAUAUGCAGAAUGGUAUAUUGGUUUGAAUGGGAAAUCUUCGAUAAAGAAAUUAAUAGAGAACUAUGGUUGGCGAAGAUGGAAAGUUAGCGAAGAUUCCCAUUUUUUCCCUACAAGAAGAAUCAUUAUGGAUUACAUUGAAACGGAAUGUGACCGUGGCAUAAAGCUCGGUAGAUUCACGAAUCCUCAACAACCGAGGGAAGACAUAAGGAAAAUCUUGGUCGGAGAUUUAGAGAAGUUCAGGAUAAACAAUGGCCUGACUUUGAACUCUUUAUCAUUAUAUUUUAGAAACUUGACCAAAAAUAACAAGGAGAUUUGUAUUUUUGAGAAUUUUAAAAAUUGGAACGUUAGAUCAAUGACAGAAGAUGAGAAGCUCAAGUACUGCAAAAGACAACAUAACACACCUUCAUAG